CUUUUUUUUUUUUUUUUUUACUAUCGAAUACAAACUGGUGUUUUGGCUAGCUGAAGUGUUGACAUUGACAGGGAACCUGCUGGUUCCAUUGACUCUGUCCUGCUGAGAAUGAGCCAGCCCUCGGAACCCCCUAACGAUGCUCCCACUCUUACAGAAGCCCCCCAAUCAGAGGCCAAGCUGGCGGCGACCACCGGGAAGAGGCAGAACAAGAAGAAGGUGGAGGAGGUGGUAGAGGAAGAGGAGGAGUAUGUGGUGGAGAAGGUGCUGGAUAGAAGGGUGAUGAAGGGCAAGGUGGAGUACCUGCUCAAGUGGAAGGGCUUCUCUAAUGAGGAUAACACGUGGGAGCCAGAGGACAACCUGGACUGCCCAGACCUGAUUGCAGAGUUCCUGCAGUCCCAAAAGACGGCACAUGAGACUGGGGGCAAGAGAAAGGCUGAGUCGGACACAGAGGGGGUAGGAGAAGAGAGCCGACCCAAGAAAAAGAAAGAUGAGCCUGAGAAGCUCCGUGGCUUUGCUCGAGGUCUAGACCCAGAGCGCAUCAUCGGGGCAACUGACUCCAGCGGAGAGCUCAUGUUCCUCAUGAAAUGGAAGAACUCAGAUGAGGCAGACUUGGUACCAGCAAAGGAGGCAAACGUGAAGUGUCCACAAGUGGUGAUUUCCUUCUAUGAGGAGCGGCUGACGUGGCACUCCUACCCCACUGAGGAGGAGGAGAAGAAGAAUGACAAGAACUAGGUGGGGGACGGAGAGAUGACACAGGGUCACAGAAGCCCAUCUUUUUCUUUCUUUUAUCUUCCUGCUUUCUCAGAAACACCGGACUGUGGAAAUGGGCUUCAAAGCUUAGAGGCCGUGUGGAGUUUAGGGGCAGGGAAGGGGCAUGACCUGCAGGUGGCAGUACCAUGGCAAAGCUGAGACUGACCACGCCUCUCCUUUUCAGCAGCUUAGUUGGUGGGGAGCCGGAAUGCAGUAUCCCUUUUCUGUCUUGGAUACUGAAUCUGUUGGAUGGCUGGCCAUCUCUGGUCUUGGAGAGCUGUAGCUGGGGCUGGUUUUGAGAUGCUUCUCAACUGGCUCCGCCAGUAACGGACAAUACAAGUUAACAUCUAACAGAUGACUUCCAAGCUGUAGCACAUAUGUGGCUAGAAAUGGGUGUGGAGAGUUGAAAGGGCAAAAUCCUGUGCUCCCUGAGACUAGUGGCCGGAUUCCUGAAAUGGCUCAUAAAAUUUAAUGGAGGUUCAAAUGAGAGUAUUUGUAUUGUUCAUAAAACUUUUACAGAUUUAGUUCUCCAAAUU